AUGGCACCCCGCACACACAACCGUCGCCGCGUGACCGGAUCCAGCGGAAGGAGGAGGGAAGGAGGAGAGAGUGAGCCGCAGAGGCCCAACAUAUCCCGGCAUCACUUCUACUCUGCGCUGCUGUUCCUCUUUUUGGUGGUGUGCUGCGGCACUGGAGGGGCUGCAUCCAGUGAGGUGACGGCGCCAGGUUCGGGAAAUGCAAGGACGUAUUUUGAUUGGAGAGAUGCGAAAGAUGGGGAAACAGUGAGUUCGCUCCGUGUCCCCAGUCUUGUUGAGAUGAACGGUGAUGUGUUUGCCGUUGCCGAGGCGCAGUGCACGAGAAAAAAAGAUACUGUUGAAGGCAGUUUUACUGGGAUUGCCUCGGAACUCCUGACGUUGACUGGUGAACAAAAAAAAGAGUUGGAUAAAACUAAACUGAAGACACAAGUACUGGAGGAAUGUCCUUUUGAAGGUGGCAAUUGUCCCUCCCAAACCGCUGCUAAGGAACGUGGUUCCCAAAGCGAAACGAAAGUACAUGUGAGCCGGCCAACAACGGUUGUGGAUGGAAGUGAUAUUUACAUGCUUGCUGGGAACUACAGCAAUAAAGGCGUCUCUGAUGAUCAGGCAGGUGACUGGGGACUUUUGCUGGUGAGUGGGAACGUCAGUACUGUUGACAGUAAAAAAAGAAUUUAUUGGAAUGAUACUUACGGUCUCCCGUGGAGUUAUAAAGUCAAACAACACGAAUCCUUAACGCAGCUGACUAACGGCGGUGGAUCGGGUAUUAAGAUGAAUGACGGCACGCUUGUGUUCCCUGUGGAGGCCACGAAGAAGGCAAAUAAUAAGGAGGAUGAAGUAAAGACAACGACCGUUUCGCUAAUCAUUCACUCCUUGAAGGAUAUUGCGAGUUGGACACUGUCGAAGGGGAUGUCUGACGGUGGCUGCAGUGAUCCCUCCGUUGUGGAGUGGGAGAAGGACAAAAAACUCAUGAUGAUGACUGCGUGUGAUGAUGGCCGCCGCAGGGUGUACGAGUCCGGUAACAAGGGGGAUUCGUGGACGGAGGCAAUUGGGACACUCUCGCGCGUGUGGGGCAACCCAAAGGAACGGAUGAAACGUGUUGGGAGCGGGUUCAUCACAGCGAAUUUUGACGGUGUAGAUAAGAAAAAAGUGAUGCUUGUUACUCUGCCGGUGUAUUGUAAGACUGAGAAUGAAAACAAUCGAAAAGGAAAUGAAAAGGGCGUACUCCAUCUUUGGUUGACGGACAGUACGCACAUUUCUGAUAUUGGGCCGGUAUCCGGAGAGGAAGAAGACGUUACCGCCAGCUCCCUGUUGUACAAAAGUGGUAAAAGUGGUGAAAAUAAAAAGGAGGAGUUGAUUGCACUGUACGAGAAGAAGAAGGGCGUUGAGGAAACAUCAUCCGGUAUGGCCUCUGUGCUUCUGACUGCGCAGCUGCAGCGAGUUAAGAAGGUGCUGGCGACAUGGAAGAAAGUGGACGAACGUGUUUCCAAGCUUUGUCCCACUGAGAGUGUUGGGAGGGAUGCCUCAACUGGCACUGCAUGCACUACUGAUGUUAAGAUCACGGAUGGGCUGGUUGGCUUCUUGUCCGACAACUUCUCUGAUAACACAUGGAGGGACGAGUACCUCGGGGUGAACGCCACAGUGAAGGGGAAUGAUGGGGCAACAAAGACUUCCGAUGGUGUGACGUUCACGUGGCGUAGCGCAGGGGCGGAGUGGCCUGUUGGCAAGCAAGGGGAGAAUCAGCUGUACCACUUUGCGAACUACAACUUCACUCUUGUGGCGACGGUGUCCAUCGACGGUGAGCCGACGGAGGGUAAUAUUCCAUUGUUGGGUGUGAAGAUGGCUGGCGAUGAAAAAGAAAAAAAACUUAUGGAGUUGUCAUACGACAACGAAAAGAAGUGGCAGCUGCUGUGCGGCGGCGCACCGAUUUCUGAGGAGCUCAGCAGCACUUUGGGGAAAAAGAGAACAGAUCACGUGGUGCUUUUGAUACGGAACGGCAGCCAUGGCACCGCUUACGUCGAUGGUCAGCGUGUGGGUGAGGAUGCACAAUGUCAAUUGGAUAAUGCGGAUUCGAAAGGGAUCUCCCACUUCUACAUUGGAGGGGAUGGAGACAAGACACGGAACCAAGGAGACGUGUCUGUGACCGUGACGAACGUCCUGCUGUACAACCGCCCGUUGAGUUCCGAAGAGAUUGGCGCCCUCAACCCGAAUAAAGCUCCCACUACACCUCAGGUGCCUGAAAAUGCCCAAGGAACCCUGUCACAGUCCUCUCCUGACGGGCAACCACCGCCGGAUCUUAAAUUGUUGAAUGGAAAUGAGGGUGUGGGCGGUGGCAGCACGUCCACAUCAGCACCGUCCACUGUAACGACUUCCUUAGGAAAAGAGCAAUCCACAAUCCAGCUGUCGUCAGAAACAUCUCCCGGUGGAACUAAAACUGUGGAUGGCGGUUCUUCAUCCAAUGGUGACCAAACGGUGGAAGCAGAAGCUGGAGAUACGGUGCCGGGAGAUAGACCACCCCAAGCUCCUGCGGGCACUCCCGCCACAGCAGAUGCAAACACUCCUACCGCUACUGGCAAGAGGAAAGUUGACCCCGCAGUGACAACUGGGGUGAGCGCGAGCUCUGGCGGGAAUGAGGAGACGGCGGGAGGAGGGGAUGCGCAGAAGGAAGAGGUGCAGUCACAGGACGGGGAAUUAAAUGCUACGGCACUCAACAGCAGCCUCGGAAAUGUGUCGCAGGGGAAUAACACCGAUUCCGGCACUGUGAGUGAACGCAGGAUGCUGCCAUCGCUGCUGCUUCUGUUGGGACUGUGGGGGUUUGCGGCUCUGUGA